GGUUCUGUUAAAGCACGGCGCAGGCAUUGUUGACGCAUAUUGGUUUUGGCAAGAUCCACCGUCCAUGGUGGCCGGAGCUGCUUCAACGAAUCCACCAUUAAACUCUCCUUCCACUUCCAUUUCCUAUUCUCAUUCAUCGUCGCAGACAUAGAUGAUGAAGUUGUUCACGUUACAGUCUCACACUUCAUAUUCACAUUCACAUUCACAUGGUCUUUCUCUUCAAUGUCAAUGCCAUCCCCAACCCUCAAACCCUCCAACCUCUGCAUCGUCAAGCCCCUCCUCUCCAACUCCUCCCUCUCCGACGCCGUUUCAUCUCUCGACCUGUUGCGCCUCAAGGGCAUUCGCUUACCCUCUCACAUUCUCGCCACCCUCCUGCGCCACUGCUCCAAAACCAGGUCUUACAAAGAGGGCAAGUUGAUUCACCUCCACUUGAAGCUCACCGGCUUCAAACGCCCCCCAACGCUUCUCGCCAACCACUUGAUCUCCAUGUACUUCACCUGCGGCGAUUUUGCUCAGGCACGCAAGGUGUUCGACAAAAUGGAGGACAAAAAUUUGUACACUUGGAACAAUAUGCUUUCUGGGUAUGCUAAAUUGGGCAUGAUGAAGCAAGCUAGGAGCUUCUUUUACCAAAUGCCUCACAAGGAUUAUGUAUCUUGGAAUUCGAUGGUUGUUGGGUAUGCCCACAGUGGUAGGUUUGCUGAGGCUUUGAGAUUAUAUCGGCAGUUCAGGAGACUGAAUGUGGGGUAUAAUCAGUUUAGCUUUGCCAGUGUCUUGAUUGUUUCUGUAAAGUUGAAGGAUUUUGAACUUUGUAGGCAGAUACACGGGCAGGUUUUACUUGUUGGGUUUUCAUCUAAUGUGGUUAUAUCCAGCUUAAUUGUUGAUGCUUAUGCCAAGUGCGGGAAGACGGAAGAUGCGAGGAGAUUGUUUGAUGACAUGCCUGUGAAGGAUGUUCGUGCGUGGACGACAUUAGUUUCGGGUUAUGCUGCGUGGGGGGACAUGGAAUUGGGUGCUGAAUUGUUUAGUCAGAUGCCCAAGAACAAUUCCUGUUCCUGGACAUAUUUGAUUAGGGGUUACGUUAGAAAUGGUAUGGGUCACAAAGCACUUGGAGUGUUUAGAGAGAUGAUCAAGCAUCAAGUUAGACCCGAUCAAUUUACAUUCAGUACUUGCCUCUCUGCUUGUGCCACUAUUGCUUCACUGAAGCAUGGUAAACAAAUACAUUCAUUUUUGGUGCAAAAUAACAUCAAACCUAAUACUAUUGUCGUUUGUGCUAUUAUUGACAUGUAUUCGAAAUGUGGAAGCUUGGAAACUGCCAGGCGAGUAUUUGAUUUCAUUGGAAAUAAGCAGUACGUAGUGUUGUGGAACACGAUGAUAUCAGCACUGGCUCACUAUGGCUAUGGUAUUGAAGCAAUUAUGAUGCUAAAUAAUAUGCUAAGAUCAGGAGUGAAGCCAAACAGGGGCACUUUUGUUGCCAUUUUAAAUGCUUGUAGUCAUUCAGGUCUUGUCCAGGAAGGGCUUCAGUUAUUCAAGUCCAUGAUUACUGAGCAUGGUGUCGUCCCUGACCAAGAACAUUAUGCAUGCUUAACUGAUCUUUUGGGUCGAGCUGGAUGUUUUAACGAAUCAGUGAAGGAUCGGCAGAUGAUGGAUUAUAAGCCAGGUGACCAUGUUUGGAAUUCUUUGAUGGGUGUAUGUAGAAUGCAUGGAAAAGAAGUAGCUGUAUUCCUUAUUAAAUUGCAGCCACAAUCCUCUGCUGCCUACGAAUUACUUUCAAGUAUAUAUGCUGCACUUGGGAAACCGGAAUUGGUUGAGAAAAUAAGACAUAUCUUGGAGGAGAAACAAGUGGGAAAACAUCAGGCCAUUAGUUGGAUUGAAAUUGAUAAUAAGGUUCACUUCACCGCCUUAGAUGUGUCACACCAUCUGAAGGAAACGACAUACUCAGCUUUGAGGCACUUAAGUAACCCCAUGGAAAACCGUGCCCCAUUACCUAACUUUGGAAUGUGAUAGUUGGAGGUUUUUUCUCCAGUAGAUCAUUUUUGUAGAGAGCAGGAAUUUAUUUUCAAUUUACUAAGUCAUUAUUUAGUUUUUUCUUUUUCA